CUUUUAAAACAUCCUUCCUUUUUCCUGUUUUCUCUCCCUUUCUAUCAAAUGGAACUCAACACUUAUUCCUUCCUCUUUCUGUUUCUAAUUUUUCUGUCCUAUCCUUCCCAAGACAUUGGAACUGACCAGUCUCAGUUCUUCACCCUCAUGAAAUCUUCUCUGUCAGGAAAUGCUUUGUCCGAUUGGGAUAUUCUUGGAGGGAAGUCUUAUUGCAAUUUCACAGGAAUUAGCUGCAAUGAUAGAGGGCAUGUUGAAAAGAUUAACAUGUCUGGAUGGUCAGUUUCUGGCAAUUUUCCAGCCGAUAUAUGCUCAUAUCUGCCAGAGUUGCGCGUUCUUGAUCUCAGCCAAAACCAACUCGGUGGAAAUUUCAUUAACAGCAUUGCCAAUUGCUCUUUCUCAGAAGAACUCAACAUGAAGCGUAUUCACCUAAGAGCAAAACUUCUAGAUUUCUCCAAAAUGAAAUCUCUGCGUGCACUUGACAUCUCAUACAAUCUCUUUAUAGGUGAUUUUUGUUGAAGAAUUUUCAAAAUAUUUUCAGGAUUUGAGUUUGAAUCACAAAAAGUUGGUUUGAAGCAAAUGCACAAACUGCAUGUGAGAAACUGUAAUUUUGGUUCGAACCAUAUAAUUAUGAUUUGAACCAUUUACAUAAAACCAGAAUCCAGAA